CAAUUCUGUCAAAUGAGCAUUUUGUAAACAAACAAAGAUACGCAGUUUUUAGUGAAAAACAUGGACAAUUCGGGAGGGUCUCAUUUUGAAAAUCGCCGGAAACUUCUCUUUGACUCUCUCAAUACAGCUGAGAAGGCAAUUAAAGGCACAAUUCUUGAACAGAGUGACUCAACAAGUGAACGGAAUAGACAGUCACUGGGGCGACCAAAAGUGGACAAAAAAGAAGAAACGCGACAUGUUAUGAAGUUCCGGGGACGUGAGAGUAUAUUCAAGCGUCCGGAAGCACCUAUAUCACAGUGCUUGAGACCUCGACAGCGUCCGGAUUAUCAGGUGCACCCUCACAAGUGGACGAAAUACUCCCUGGACGAUGUAGAUACUUCUGAUCACACAAACACAGCAGCAGCUUUGGCCUUCCUGGCAGAAGCCGAGCAACGCCGGAAGCAUGAGAAGAUGGAAGAAGACACAGAGAUAUCUGAAGAAGCUCCAGACAAAGUUGUGUUUAGGAAAUCCGCUAAAUUGAAGAAGAUAGUGGAAGAUAAGAGGAGAGAGGACACUGCUCCUGAAGAUGGAGGCCCUACAUUCCGCUCCUCAAAGGUUGUCAUGCCAGAAUAUGUUGUUGGACAGGCGCCAAAGCGUGAGAAAAAGAAGACCAGCCAUACAAAGUCUUCAGAACGAGGAAAAGAACUCAAAUUGGAUCAUUUAUUUGAGGCUGAGGAGGAUGAGUAGAAAUUUAUUGAUUUUAUUGUGUAGAGAAAAUCGUUGGAUCUUUCCUCCAAAGUUCCCCUACUUCCCCUGAAUAAAAUGGAAUUUCGAAAAUGAA